AUGGGAGGGCCCCCGAGAGCAGAAGGCACUUUCGGAGAGUUUAGAGCCUUCUUUUCGCAAAACGAUCUCUAUGAUGUACCACACUCCGGGAAUGCCCUAUUGUGGAGAGGAGUCCAAGGAACCCACCUUGUCCACUGUCGCCUAGACCGAGCCCUAUCAAACGGACUCUGGGCCGAGACCUAUCAUGCAAGCAGAUGCUUCUACUUGGAUUAUGAAGGCUCAGAUCAUCGUCCACUCCUAGCUAUCCUAGAACCACACCUGAAGAAGAAGAAAGGAAUAUUUCGUUAUGAUCGAAGCAUGAAAGAUAACAAAGAAAUAACGAAGAUAGUGGAGGAAGCAUGGAACUUAUCUGAAGAAGCUAACAGUAAUGGAGAGAAUCUCACACUGCAGAAGAGCAAUAUCGCAAUGGAAUCAUGA